AUGAGCCACGCUUAUUCUCUAAUUCGGGAAACUUUUCCAGGGAAAUCUACAUUCAGUGUAGACGACAUCCCAGUUUUGUCUGGCAAAGUCAUCAUCGUCACAGGCGCAAAUACUGGAGUUGGAAAAGAAACAGUCAAGGCUUUACUUGCACACAAUGCCAAAGUCUACAUUGCUGUACGGAGCCAAGAAAAGGCCGAGGAGGCCAUCAAGGAUCUGAGGGAGGAAACAGGCAAAGACGCCCACUUCCUGAAACUUGACCUUGCGGACUUGAAGUCUAUCGAGGCCGCGGUAAAGACGUUUACAAGGCAAGGACCCACCACGGUAUCUCACCAGGAGAAAGAACUUCACGUCCUUUACAACAACGCCGGAGUGAUGGGUCCACCCAUCGACCAAGUAACAGCACAGGGCUACGAUCUCCAAUUUGGAGUACACGUUCUCGGCCCAUUUUCCCUCACCAAACUUCUCCUUCCAACGCUCAUCGCCACAGCCAAAAGCAGCCCUGACGGCAAAGUGCGGGUCAUAAACACUUCGUCCUCCCUUCACCUUCUAGGUAAUCUCAACUACAACAAGCUAAAGGAUGGCCCCGCCAGGCGAAAGUCAUCAAGUCUGCUUCUUUACUGCCAGAGCAAAUACGCAACCGUCAUUCUAUCGAGCGAACUAGCACGCAGAUACGGAGAUCAGAGGAUUGUUUCUGUAUGUCUGAACCCUGGGACUUUGCACUCCGACCUACAACGGCACUUGAAUAAAGUGCAAUAUGCAAUCCUGAACCUCAUUCUUUAUCCAACACCGUUUGGCGCCCUAAGCGGACUCUGGGCGGGUACAUCUGUUGACGGUGCAAAUUUGAAUGGCAAAUACGUCGUUCCGUGGGCACGCCUUGGUAGUCCCAGAGCGAAUGCGCAGGCUCCAGCAACUGGCGAGAAACUUUGGGAAUGGAUGGAGGAGCAAAUCCAUUCCACGCUCACGGCGAAAGAGAGCUGAGACGUUAACGUUGUUGGAAUCACCGUCGUUGCAUUAUCAUUAUAACAUGCAAAGCUAACUUUCACCGUUGUUUAGACAAUUGACCGUUUUGCCAAGACG